AUGUCCUGUAUCAAUCCUUCAAUACCGCAGAAUUCCAAAAAAUCGGAACAAUUAGAUCGAUCGGAGCACAAUGCUCCGGAGGUAGAAACGGUCGACGGUUGCAGUGUUUGCAGGGAUUGCCCCGCACCGGUCGAUCCUAACAAAGGAGCAGUUGUUGCCUUGAAAGUAGUGAAUGUUCUUGAUGCUGUUGAUGCUGGCACAGUGGUUCCUGUCGGCGAAGUUGUUUGCGCUGUAGGGGUUGUUAUUGUGGUUUCAUCUACGCUGAUGGACGCUGUUGAUGCGAUUGUCGUUUCAUCUGCACUGGAUGACAUUGAUGACGGGGAUUCUGUUUGUCCCAGAGUGGUCGAUCCUGAGAAGGGAGCAGUUGUUGCCUCAAAUGUGGUGAAUGUUCCUGAUGCUGCUGAUGUUGGCAUGCUGGUUCCUGCCGGCGAAGUUGUUUGCUCCGUAGCGGUAGUUAAUGUGGUCUCAUCCACACUGAUGGAUGCUGUUGAUGCGGUUGUCGUAUUGACGACAGUGGAGGACAGUGACGAUGAGGAUUCCGUUCGCUCCGCACUGGUCGAUCCUGACAAAGGAGCAGAUAAUGCUUCGAAUGUCGUGAAUGUUCCUGAUGCUGCUGAUGUUGUUAUAGUGGUUCCUGUUCGCGAAGCUGUUUCUUCCGUGGCGGUAGUUAAUGUGGUCUCAUCCACACUGAUGGAUGCUGUUGGUGCGAUCGUCGUUUCAUCGACAGUGGACGACAUUCGUGACGCGGAUUCUGUUUUUCCCACAGUGGUCGAUCCUGGCAAACCAGCAGUUGUAGCCUCGACUGUGGUGAUCGUUCGUGAUGCUGCUGAUGUUGGCGUAGUGGUUCCUGCUGGCGACGCUGUUUGCUCCGUAGGGGAUCUUAUUGUGGUUUCAUCCACACUGAAGGAUUCCGUUGAUGCGGCUGUCGUUUCAGCGACAGUGGAUUUCAUUGAUGUCGGGGAUACUGUUUGUCCCACAGUGGUCGAUCCUGACAUCAUUAUUUUAUUAUCAUAA